AUGCGAGAAUAUGGCACAGCUGGUCUGUUGAUGGACUUUUGGAUUGUUGAAUAUUGGCUAGUAAUAUUUACAAUCAUUGUUUCAUUUUUGGGUGGAUUAACUUAUUUUAUUCAACGACAAAUUCCAUCUGAUAAAUUUCAAUUAGAUACAAUUAUGAAUCAACAAGGACGUCGCGGUAGUACAAGUAGUCGCCGAAAAAAUUCUCGAAAUGCAAAUAAAAAAAAACAACCAAUGACGAAUUCGAACAGUAAUGAUAUUAGUGAAGCAGAACAAAAAAAAAUUUUACCUGAAAUAACACUUGAAAAAGAUGAACAAGAACAAGAACAAGAAGAAGACGAAGAAGAUGAAUCACUUUUAGAACAAACUGUACAACAAUCAGAUGAAAAACAAGUAAAAGAAAAAUUUGAAAAUUCAAUUCAAACAGAACAAAUUAUUUCUUCUUCAACACAUGUUGAAGAUGAACAAGAACCUACUGUAGCAAUUAAACAACGUAAUAAACCUAAAGUUAUUAAUAAAUCACCAAGUUUACCUCCAUCAAAAGAAGAAUAUAUUGUUCUAUCUAAACCUCAAGCAAGUGUAGCACCUGUUAAACAAGCUCAUUUGUCAUCACCAAUCAAAAAUUCAUCGAAUCAUUUAAACCCUUCUCGAGAUAUGUAUUCGAAAUCAAAUGGACAUAUAUCACCAUCCUACCAUAAUUAUACAUAUUCUGCCUUUAAUCCAUUACCACCCCGAUUCCAACAACAACAAUUAGAAAAAGAAGCUGCAUCUGCUGCUCGAAGAUAUCGUAAAAGAAGAGGACCAUUACCACAAAAAAGAUCACCUCUUCUGCCUGGUUCAGCUGCACGAUCAAACGAUUUUACACCAUCGUCAGUUAAAGAACAACAACAACAACAACAACAACAACAACAACAACAAAUCGAUGAUAAUCAAAGAGAAUUAUCAAUGAAUCUUUUACCACAACAGGAAUUAUCGAUACAUAAUGGUUAUUCAUCUGAAUCCGAUUUUUUAACAGAUUCACCAUCAACAGGAUGCAAUAAUUCAAUUAGUCCUUUAUUAUCUACAUCGGCUGGUUCACAAUCUUCUCUACAAAGACUUGACUUAGUUCGUUCAUUAGCUACAUCGAAUGGUCUUCUCGAUGAAUUAAUAUCAAUAUUUGAUACAGUAGCAUUUUCAUCUGAAGAACUUCAAAUAAUUCUAAAUAAAAUUGCUACAAAACAUAUAUCAGAUAAACAUGAUUUACAACGUUUAAUAUCAUCAACAAAACAUGAUAAAACAUUUGAACGUAUUCUUGAUGAAACAUAUCGUAGUCAAGCAAAAAUUCUUGCAAUUGAAUUACAAGCAGAAAAAAGUCGUGUACUUGAAUUAACUAAAUCUAAUGCUGAUAUGGAAAAUACAAUUCGACAAUUCCAACAACAACAACAACAACAACCGAAUAAUAUGGUACAAUAUGAACAAAUGAUUUAUCCAUUUCAAAUGCAACUUCGAAGAUUAGCAGAUGAAAAUGCUCGAUUUCAACAUCAAUUGCAUGCUUAUUCAAUGAUGCCUGCAACAAUUAAUGAACUUAAACAACAACAACAUAUUCUUAAUGAACAAUUAAGACAAAUGACUAUUAGAAAUAGUGCUCUAGAAAAUGAAGCUGCUGAAAGUGAACGAGCAAGUAAACAUGCAGCAGAAAUUUAUAAAAAAGCCGAUACUCAAAAACAAGAACGAUUAGAACAAAUGAUAGCUGAUAUAAAUAAAUAUAAAAAAUUAGAUAAAGAAUUAACAAAUCUUCGUCAAAAACAUAAUGAACUUGAUAAAAAUUUAAAUUCAAAAAUUAAUGAUAUAACUCAUCAACGUGAUGAAUUACGAACACAUUGUGGUCAAUUAAAAGAACAAGUUCAAGAAUAUGAACAAUUACAACUUAAAUAUGAUAAACUGAUUCAAAAUCAGUCAAAUAAUUCAACAAAUGAAAUUAAACAAGAAAUAAAUAAUUUAAAAACUAAAAAUGAUCAAUUACGACAACGUAAUUGGAAAAUUAUGGAAGAAUUAAAUAAAUUAUUAGAUGAACAACAAAAAAAUCAAAAUACAAAAUCAUCCUAA